GGUUGACACUGACAGCGUUUAAAUAGUGAAUAAAAUAAAUCACACACGUGUGGCAAUCAUCUAAAAAAAAUGUUUACAAUAUCAACGAAUAUCAAGCAUUUCGUGAGGCUGAGGCCGAUGCAACCAGCAAUUUUUAGUUAUUCAAAAUUUGCCAAAUUAAAAAGUAAUGACGAACGUGCGGCUGAGUUACAAAAACAACGAUAUAACGUCGUUCAUACAGCAAUAACAUCAGCGCUAAAGAAACAAAAAUGUUUGCCGGCAUCCGAGUGGAAAUUAAUUGUAACCGAGUUACAAAAGAAUCCCGAGUUCAGGAAUGAAAAUACCUUGAAUAAGCUUGUAUUUACAGUUUUAUUGUCACUUCGGCCGAAUGAUUCGUUGCAAAAUGCCCGAACUUUUAUUGAAUCGUUCGGUUUGAAAUAUGAAGACUUGGGCAUACGGCGAUUCAUUAUUCAGCUGUACGCAAAAAAGGCAUCAGUGGAAAAAUUAACCGAAGCGGAGGAACAGCAGUUGAUUGAUUGGUGCAACGACCUCAUAGCCCGAGAGUUUUACAUUCUAUCGGAAAUGCAUUCAAUAGUCGUGAUGGGACUGUGUGCGACGAAAGAGUGGCGAAAAGCAUUGGACCUAGCAAAACCAAGUUCAAGCUCACUCAAUAUUUUAGCAAGAAAAACUCUGCAUCAGAAUGAAAUUGAGUCAACGUGGAAAAUAUUAACAAAUUUAACACACCUCAGCAAAAGCUAUCAACACCUGGCUAGCAAAACGAUUGUUGCGUUCGCAAAAUACUUUGAAAAUAAUCGAGAAGAAAUUCCACAAAAUGCUGAAAAAUUGCUCACAUUUUGUGAACGUCUUCAGACGGUGUUUGACGAACCAACGCUCAGAGUAUUGACGAGUGCUCUUUACAAAAGUGGACACGAAGCAAAAAUCACCAACGUUGACUAUUCGGGCGUCUGUCGAAAUUGCAACAGCAAUCUGCAAGCAGUUCGGAUAGCAAACAAAGACUUCAUCACAUUGCAGAAUGAGUUUUUGAACAAUGUAGUCGGUAAAGGUCAAGCCAAUAUCAUCUAUCAGAAAACAACACCUGAGGAGUGGCAAGCAUUUGAGCGUACAAUUAAAGAGAACGGUCCAUUUGACAUCGUUAUGGAUGGAUUGAACGUUUCUUAUUUGGCAAAUCAACAAAAUAUUCAUGUAGCAGAUAAAUUAGCAUUCACAAAAUUUAAACAUAAACAAAAACCAUGUGCAUUUGCGUUGGCGAAUGUAGUGUCACAACUCACUGCAGAAGGAAAGCGUGUUUUAGUUGUUGGAAGGAAGCAUAUGAACAGAUGGCCAAAAAUGAAUGCAAUUCGUCAAAUGGCAACGGUUUUCCUAGUCGAUGAUAUAUCCAAAGACGACAUAUUUUUGCUCUAUGCGGCAUUAUACAGCGGUCCCAAUUCAUACAUUUUAUCCAACGAUUAUAUGCGACAGCACAAAUUUGCAAUUGGACAACAAUUCGAUGCACUGUUUAAAAAAUGGCAACAAGAGCAUUGGUAUGGAUUCACAAUCGGCACAGAUAAACCAAUCGAACUGGUCAAACCGAUGGCAUUCAAAAUGUACAGCCAUAAAAUUGGUGAUUUUUGGCAUCUGCCAUUCAAAACUAAUGCAGAAAUUGAAUCCAAAACAUGGAAUCAAUAUGAUCAACCGAAAAAUUGGGCUUGUGUUCGAAUUAAGCAAAAUGUGGAGAAAUAAUUUUUUUUUUUUUAGAAAAAUAAAUUCAAAUUCGAAA